AUGAAAGUUGGUAGCGUUCCAGGUUACUCGGCUGCAGCCCUCCUCGCCAUAUUAUUUGCUCUUCCGUUCGCGUGGCGGGUCCUUGUGCACCGCGAGCACGGUCACUGGGACCACUUUGUGCCUGCAUUCUACUUCGCCCAUCUGGAACUAUUCCUGGGCAACGGUUGUCUGGGCAUCGGUGUCAUGAUGCUGUUGGCGCUAACUCUUGAGCGCUAUGUAAGCGUGUGCCACCCAGGGCACGCCAGACCCAUCCUGGGCUCGCCCAGGCGAGCUGUCUGCCUUAUUCCAGCUGCCACUUUUUUACUGUACAUGCCCAUCAUAUUUAGGAGUCAGAUAAGAGCGUGCAGAUUGGAUGGGGUCACGUUGUAUCAGAGACAAGAGUCUUUUACUUAUACCGAGCAUACCGUUUACAGUAUUUAUAAGGUUGCUUUGGAAUUUAUUUUUAAGGUCGUUCCAGUUAUUUUACUUGCUGCCCUGAAUCUAAGAAUCCUCAUAGUAUACAGAAGAUCUUGCGAGAAAAGAAGAAAAAUGACCUUAAGCAGAACAACUUCUGGAGAAGAAGAUCCAAGGAAAUUUGCCGAAGAAAGGAGAUUGGUUCUUUUACUGGGAUCGACAAGCAUUUUAUUUUUGGUUUGCGUCACCCCCAUGGUCAUUCUCAACGUUACUUUAUCCGACAAUAAUCUUCUAAAUUACCCUUAUCAAGUAUUUCGUGCAUUAGCCAAUCUUCUCGAAGUGACCAACUAUUCCAUAACUUUUUACAUCUACUGCCUGUUCUCGGAGGAUUUUCGUAACACAUUGUUACGCACACUAAGUAUACGAGGCAGCCAGCCGACCAGGGGCAUGGUGAAACCGCCCCCACCGACUGCCACGACCACAAUCACCCAACACCGGAGUGUUUGA